AUGCCUUCCGGCGACGCCAGCACCCCUCAGAACGUCCCAGAACUUAAAGCGAUCGGCAUCGCCUCCGGCGGAGUUCUCUAUGGUGUCCGUUUCGAAAGUCCCUCCGGUGAAACAGGCAACAUGGUCGCGCCAUCCGACAUCACCGAGAAUGCAAUUAUCUACCAGGGUGGCAACGCGGGCGAACGACGUGCCAUCGAAACUUCCAAUCUUCGCCGUCCUGAUGGGGGCAUGCUUUGCAGCAUUACUAUCCCCAUCACCAGCAAGGGACGCAUGGACUCUGAGUUGCCGGCUGGCUAUCGCAAGAUUGAAAUGAAGCUGAGCUUCGCUGAGGAGAGCGAGACUAAUGCUCAGUCUAUGGGAGCUAUGGAAAUUGCCAAGUGUGAGGAGGAAAAGGCGACAGUCUGUUUUACCUCGGAUGAUUGGAUUCCGUUUGCACGUGGAAGGAAGGCGCUGAUGCUUGAGGAGGUCGUUGAUGGGGGUGAAGGAACCGGUGGCCUGUCAUUGUUGGUUACAACUGGACAUGGUGGCGAGUCGGAUGAUGAUAUUCGCAUCCCCGACGAAGGGCAGGCUCCUGAGUCAUCCACGGAAGUUGGGGCAAGCGAUUCCAUCAUCAACAGCAACGACUCUUCAUCUGUUGGAUCCACCAGCGAAGGCGAGUCAAACGCUGCCUCACAACCUGUCCUCACCAUCCCUUCCACGCCGCGAAUUGUCAGAAUCCAUCAGGUUGGAGAAUUGCGACUCAUCGGUAUUCUCGACCCCCUCAAUAGAGGAGUUGGUUUCUACUUCGAAAACGCCUACGAAGGAAUCCUGGUCCGCAACGUCAUGGCUAAUGUAAACCUCGCUGUUCAAGCCUUAAUCUUCCAAGGAGAGAGAGGUGCAGGCAACCACGUUGCUCGAAAGCUGCCUGGACUUUACCCCAACCAGGGUCUCAGAGUAUUCAGCUUCAAACCCCCUUUUCGUGUUGCAUGUCCUGCGCUCAGACACUUAAGACUCCCUCUGGGCUUUCGUCGCUGCUUCUUUGGACUUCGACCCAAGGGUACAAUUGUGCAUAAGUUGGCCAGGGACGCUGAAUGUUCGCCUCGAGAGGUUAGACGGUAUAACCGCAUCUGGCAAGCUUGGAAACAGGAGAAUGGUGCGCUUCCUAAGUGGGAAUGUGAUGUUGCGCUCAUUGCGUGGCCGGCUAUGGCGUACUGUGCUGGUGGUAUGUCGUUGGAGUUUGUACAGGAACUUGAGGCUGAUUCACUUGGAGGCACUGAAGUGGUUAUGUAAAGCGAAAAGAGGGUUUUGUAAGGGCUGAAUUAGCUGGGAUUUGGGUAUUCCUGGUGAUCGUGGCGAUGCUGCCAGCACAGUUGUUAG